CCAGACUAAGAGGUGUUCCCCACUCGGCAGCCAGACUCCUUGAAACACCCUUUCAAUAAUUCUACCAACGCCUCCAUGUCUCUACUCUGCCGUAACAAAGGCUGUGGGCAGCACUUUGACCCCCAAACCAACCUUCCUGAUUCCUGUUGCCAUCACCCUGGGGUCCCAAUCUUCCAUGAUGCACUUAAGGGUUGGUCCUGCUGCCGGAAGCGAACUGUAGAUUUCUCUGAGUUCUUAAACAUCAAGGGCUGUACUGUGGGACCACACUGUGCUGAGAAGCUCCCUGAGACCCCUCAACCUGAGAGCCCUGCCACAAGCAGUUCACUUCAGGAGCAAAAACCUCCGAAUACGAUUCCAAAGUCAGCAGAGACUUUGCGCCGAGAGAGGCCCAAGUCAGAGUUGCCUCCAAAGCUGCUUCCGCUAAAUAUAUCCCAAGCCCUGGGAAUGGCACUGGAACAGAAGGAAUUAGACCAAGAACCUGGAGCAGGACUUGACAGUAGUCUGAUCCAGACUGGUGCCAGCUGCCAGAACCCAGGAUGUGAUGCUGUUUACCAAGGCCCGGAGAGUGAUGCUACUCCAUGUACCUACCACCCAGGAGCACCUCGAUUCCAUGAGGGGAUGAAAUCUUGGAGUUGUUGUGGUAUCCAGACCCUGGAUUUUGGGGCAUUCCUGGCACAGCCAGGGUGCAGAGUUGGUAGACAUGACUGGGGGAAGCAGCUGCCAGCGUCUUGCCGUCAUGAUUGGCACCAGACAGAUUCCUUAGUAGUGGUGACUGUAUACGGCCAGAUUCCACUUCCUGCGUUCAACUGGGUGAAGGCCAGUCAAACUGAGCUUCAUGUCCACAUUGUCUUUGAUGGUAACCGUGUGUUCCAAGCACAGAUGAAGCUCUGGGGGUAUGGUGUAGCUGAUGUGAAGACUUCAAGUGCUGCAGCCCUUUUGCUACCAAGAAGGGAGUCAGAUUUACAGUGGAGCUCGCACUUUGGAUGACUGAACUGACAGAUGGAAGGAAAUUAGGUCCCUGGUGAUAUUGUUGAUCCACAAAAUCAAACCAAUUUCAGAGCUCACUCAUCCCCUGGAAUUUGCAGUUAUUUGAACUGAUAAAUCCUCUUUAUUUAUUUAUUUAUUUAUUUAGCGGUACGCGGGCCUACUCACUGUUGUGGCCUCUCCCGGUGCGGAGCACAGGCUCAGGACGCGCAGGCUCAGCGGCCAUGGCUCACAGGCCUAGCUGCUCUGCGGCAUGUGGGAUCUUCCCGGACCGGGGCAUGAACCCGUGUCCCCUGCAUCCGCAGGUGGACUCUCAACCACUGUGCCACCAGGGAAGCCCUACAUCCUCUUUAUUGUUUAAGCCUAUUGGAGUUGGGUUUUCUGUUACUUACCA